CAAAAGCUACACGACCACGCCCCUACCAAUAACUGAGCGGUGGCCCGCAGAAUCGGACCAAUGGCGCUGCGGGGGUGGGGAGCUGUCACGUUGCACGGGGAAUGUGUGUUGUGUGUGGAUUUCAAGGCUGUUACUUACUUAGAACAUGGGGAGUCAUUUGAGUAUUGGAUUGUGAGUUGUUGACACAAGGGCUUCAGGUCUUGUACUCUCAGCCCAGUGUCCACUUUAUCUCACACAGGAGCUGGCUGCCCUAGUUGGGUACUGCUGGUGAGCAAAGUAGCCGAAAGAUUUGGGGUUGUCACUGUCACUUGGACCUCAUAAUUUGAAACAUUUUUAAACGGACAGUGAGUUAUAGUCUGUAUAUUAGGGGGCAUUCAAAUUUAGCAAAUGUUACAAAUGUGGAACUUUGGAGUAAAUCAAUAUACAAAAUCUAAAUUGAAUUAUAAAAAAGUAAUUUACUCCUCUGACAUAACUGGACAGACCUGAAAACUAUUUUAUUUUUGACCUGCAAGUUACUACGAACUCGUAGGUGAACAUUUUAUCAGUAUUAAAGGCCAUGAAAAUCUGUUUGUAUAACUUUUUAUAAUAACACUGAAAAAAUGAUGGCAGAGAAUCAGAGUGUUGACUUAAUCCAAAAUGUGAACUGGUCUUCUGCUGUAACGGAAAGCCUUUCAGAGAAGACGCUGAACUGUGAAGCUUCAGAGGACCAGAGCUGUCAACAUCACGAAGAUAUGGAGAUGCACUCAAAUGGUUCUAAUGGCAAUGACUCUAGUGGAAAUGACUGCAAUGGACCGGAGUCCAGUGGGACAGAUUCCCAUAUAAAUGAGCCCAGUAGAAGAUCAAACUGUGCGUUCAGAAGACCGAGUAAAUCUACAGGAAGUAGUAACAACAGUGAACAAAUGGAAAGAACUCGCUCACAUAAAGAAUUAAUGAGUAUGGUGCAAGAAAUGAAAAAACGUCUCCCAUGUGAGAAGAUAAGUCGCAGCAAGCCUAGCACAGUGGAUGCUCUCAACUAUGCCUUGAAGUGUGUGAAACAAGUUCAAGCAAACAGUGCAUUUUUCCAGGUCCUCAAUGAUAGUGGAACCACUCGAAUAGAUGCAAAUGUACAUACUAUUGAAGACUUAGAAAUGAUUACAUCUGAACACCCACCCAAAAACACGGACACAUUUGUGAUCGUGUUUUCGCUGACGUCUGGGAAAAUGGUAUACAUCUCAGAGCAAGCCGCUUCCAUUCUAAAUUGUAAGAAGAAAGUGCUUGACUCCUCAAGAUUUGUUGAGCUCCUUGCCCCGCAAGAUGUUAAUGUCUUCUACAAGCACACAACUCAGUCGCACCUGCUACCCUGGAAUAUAGGAACAGAGACGGCAUCACUGUAUGAAUAUACUCAAGUAAAGUCCUUUUUCUGUAGAAUAAGGGGAGGAAAAGAUCGUGACCAUGAACCGCGAUACAAUCCGUACAGAAUGACUCCCUAUUCAGUCAGGGUGCGCAUAUCUGCAGCUGUUGAUCCGGAACCAUGCUGUCUUGCUUUAGUAGAAAAGAUUCACUCUGGAUAUGAAGCUCCUAGAAUUCCAAUGGAUAAAAGAAUAUUCACUACCACACACACACCAGGAUGUGUUUUUCUAGAAGUGGACGAUAGAGCGGUACCUUUGUUGGGUUAUUUACCACAGGACUUGGUUGGUACCUCUGUUUUAAUGUAUUUACAUCCAGAGGAUCGCCCUUUAAUGCUGGCCAUGCAUAGGAAAAUUCUGAAAUAUGCGGGGCAGCCACCGUUCGAGCAUUCUCCUAUUAGAUUUUGUACCCAGAAUGGAGAUUACGUAACGUUGGAUACUAGCUGGUCAAGUUUUGUCAAUCCGUGGAGCCGGAAGGUGGCGUUUAUCAUUGGGCGCCAUAAAGUCAGGACGGGUCCACUCAACGAAGAUGUAUUUGCUGCUCGAAGUAGAGAAAUGAUCAAUGUUGACAAAGAGAUCAAGGAACUGCAAGGACAGAUUUACAAAGUUCUUUUACAGCCUGUCCACAAUAAUGGUUCUAGCGGCUAUGGGAGCUUAGGAAGUAAUGGUUCUUAUGAACAUUACAUAAGCAUAGCAUCUUCAAGUGACUCGAAUGGGAAUUGUGUGGAUGAAACUCAUAAAGAACCGAUGACUUUAAAACAAGUCUGCACAGAUAUAAAUCGCAUUAAAAAUUUAGGACAGCAGGUUUAUAUUGACACCAGAAGCAAACCCCAGCCCAAACAGCGAGAGGUACUGAACAAAGUAAUAAACAAAGCAAACCCAAUCGCAAAUGGAUUUGUGCAACCACGACAGGAACAUACUGAUUCAAGAAAGGGACAGCAUAUUCCGUCAUACCAGCAAAUCAACUGUGUGGACAGUAUUAUUAGGUAUCUUGAGAGUUACAACAUCCCAGCAUUGAAAAGGAAAUGUGAAUCCUCUACAAAUACUUCAUCUUCAGAUGAUGACAAGCAGGGUCUUCAUGAGCAGACUGAUCUGAAUGUUUUGGAAGCACCCAGCUCCUCGAGGCAAUUAUCAGUUGAAUCGAUGGUUACGACAGAUGAUCAGACAUCGGCAGCUGUGGUGGGGGCACCGCUGACGGAUUUGACCAUUUCAAUCAAGGCUAUGAGUGUGGUUUCUGUCACCAGCCAGUGUAGCUACAGCAGUACCAUUGUACAUGUUCCACAGCCUGAGUCAGAAGUUACUGCCAUAGAAGACGCCACCGGUAGCAGUGAACAAAUUGAAAUGAAGUCUUCACAAGCACCAAGCUCUACUUUUGCACCUGAAGAAUUUAAGCAGGUUGGCUUAACAAAAGAGGUUUUAUCGGCGCACACUCAGAAAGAAGAACAGAAUUACGUGGAUAGAUUUCGGCAGAGGAUCCUCCAGUCUCCCUACAGCAGCUACCUAAAACAAGAUAGUCAGAGCAAGGGCUGUUCUCAUGAACAAGGUGAACAUUCUUCUCAGCCAUCUACACCUGCUGAUUGGAAAAAAGGAAAGAAACAUGGAAAACAUAAGCGUCAGAAGCCAAUGGAAUCUUCAGACAGUAAUGGUUCUCAUCCAAAUUUACCUCCACGAUCAAGAAAACAAGGACAGAUACCGCUUCCUCCAUCUUGGCCAGCAUCUGAAGUAUCCCACCCAAGUCCCACAAAUAUGACCUUUGCUCCUCCAGUGAUGAUUCCAAUCCAACCUGCAUAUCCCAUUCCUGGUUUUCAAGUUCCACCGGUGAACCCAGUGGUAGGUGAUUGCACAGGCUCAUCUAACGCACCUGAAUCUGCACAGCAAUCAAAUUUUUCCUACAACAUGCCACCUUUCCCAGGAUUUCCAUCUCCAUAUAUGGGUACAGUUAUGGCAUUUAUACUUCCCAACUACAACAUGUAUCCACAAAUGAACACACAGAUACCUCAUUCAUACUUUCCUCCUCAAUACCCUUGUUCACCUUCAUAUCCAUAUUCUGGAAUGCCAAGCGCACCUCAAAGUAUGCCAUCACAAAUGCCCACAGACUUUGUGGACCCUACUUCCCGUGCUUCAUCUCCAAUGUCUGCUGAGGAACAGCAGGACGUGCAAAAUGAAGAUUCACCACUAUUCACUAACUCAAGGAGUAGCUCUCCUCUGCAACUAGUCCUUCUUCAGGAAGAGAUGCCAAAACCUGGCGAGACUCCAGAAGGAAAUAUAACAGAAAGCCAAGUGGAACAUAAAUGUGCGGAUCCUGCUGAAGAUAGUGGAAACAAUGACAGUCAUUCCACUUCCAGUGAACUUUUUGACCUUUUACUCCAAGAAGACUCGCAGUCUGGUACUGGAUCUGCAGCUUCAGGCAGUGGAUCUGCCAAUUCCAGUUCUUUACGAUCUGGAUCUAAUGGUUCUACCUCAAAUGUGACCUCUGGAAGUGGCUUAGGGAGUAGUAACAGCAGCAAGUAUUUUGCUAGCAAUGAUUCCUCUGAUAACUCCAAGAAGGGGCGCAAACGGCAGGAGGCUGUGGAAACAGAUACUUUUCCCAAAGCAGCAGGAGACUCUAUAUGGAGUAUGAUAGAACGUACACCUACACCCAUUAUGAUGACUUAUCAACUACCUGAGAGGGAUAAAGAGACUUUGCUAAAAGAGGAUCUGGAAAAACUGACGGCCAUGCGAAACAGACAGCCAUGGUUUACAGAAGAGCAGAAGGAAGAGCUUGCAGAAGUGCACUCUUGGAUUCGAAAUCGGACAAUCCCACAGGAAAUAGAUACAAAAGGAUGUGUCACAUGCGAGACAAAUACAGUAGAUGCAGAAGAUACCACAGUGCUAAGAAAUUAUGUAGCAAAAGAUGAAGUUCAACCUCCUCAACAGCAAGAGUGCCUGAGCAGUCCGUCAGGGAUGGAAGACACUAGAAACUCUAAAACAUAAAAUUAUCAUAUUGCAAUUGUUGUUCAGACAUUUAAGGAGACUGCAAAGCAGACAGAAGCCCUAAUCUCUUUGUGGAUUGUUUUCUCUAUAAAUAAACACUUAUUUUUGCAAGACAUUGUGCCAAGACACUUUUCUACUGCUGCUUUUGCAGCUAAAACAAUGUCACAGAUGAAUUCCUUUUUUAUUUUGCGGUUGUUACAUUUCUUAAUGGAUUGAUAUCUUCUUUGAAAUAACAUGACAUCAUCUAUGAAUUCUAUGGACAUCCCAAGGUUUUCCAGAUCUGUUAACAUCCAGGCGCUUUCCCUAUGCUUUGUGUACGAUGGUUUCACCUGUAAAUACCAUAAGUGAUAUAAAGGAGAUAACCUUGGUUUUGUAAAUUGUCUGACUGAUAUGUAGAAAUAAAUAUGUAUACCUUGUAUUUUGUACAUCAUACAUUGGUGGGAAUAGAGACCACAUUAUUUCCUGAUAAAUUGUGAAAUUUUUAUUAAAAAAAUAUUUAUAUUUUA